AUGACAGGUCGAGGUAAGAAAAACGGGAUGAACCACGCGGCCCUGUGGUCGGCAGGCACGCUGGCGGCCAUCGGUUUCACGUCGCUGGCCGCGAUGUCGGGCAAGGCGUUGAUGACGGCAAUGCUGGCGCUGGUGCUGGCAGCCGUGUGCGCGCUCAGGGGCCAAGGCGGCGGUGGCGGCGGCGGCGGCGGCGGCGGUGGGAGCCACGGGAAGACGUCCCACUACGAGAUCAUCACCAAGCCGGCCAUCUACGACCACGAUCAUCUGGUGCACGGGGCCUCGUACUCGUCGGCUCCGUACAGUUACGCCCGGCACUUGCAGACCACCGAGGAGGGCCCGUACCACGUCGGCGGCCGCGGGGGACCGCCGCAGCACGUGAGCAUCGUGCACGCCACGCCCGUGGUUGGUUCGACGGCCGGCGGCGGCCGGCCUACCGGCCCGGGCCUUCCAGUGUCGUCGGCCGAAGACGGCGACGACGAGAUGACGGCCGGCGGCCGUCCGCCGUACCCUCUGUUGCCGGUCACUUACAUACCGGCCGACCGUUAA